CGUUCAGGCGUUCAGCCCUUCCUAUAUAUAACCCUCGCAGAUCGAAUGAAGCCACCAUCCCAACCCCACAUCGAUCACAGCAGAGCAGCGGAACAAGAGAAACGCAGACAAGCCAGCAAGAACAACUCACGCACAGCAGCAUCAGCUAGCUAGCUCUAGCUAGGGCAGACAAUCCACCGUCGUCGUCAGGGCACGCAACAGCCAACAGCCCCCAGGGUAGCACCGGAUGGCAAUGGUAGAGCUGUUGUCGACGGAGCUGGUCGUCCCGGCCGAGGAGACGCCGGCGGGCGCCGUCUGGCUGUCCAACCUCGACCUGGCCGCGCGCCGCGGGUACACGCCGACGGUCUACUUCUACCGAACGAACAACAAGCCGGAGUUCUUCGAGGCCGACGCCGUCAAGGACAGCCUCGCCCGGGCGCUGGUGGCGUUCUACCCGCUGGCCGGCCGCCUCGGCCUCGACGCCGCCACGGGGCGCGUCCAGAUCGACUGCACGGGCGAGGGCGCCGUGUUCGUGACGGCGCGGUCGGAGUACGCGCUGGACGAGCUGCUGAACGAGUUCGUGCCGUGCGACGAGAUGCGGCACCUGCUGGUACCCGCCACGCCCGCGCCCAACCCGCCGUGCCCGCUGCUGUUCGCGCAGGUCACCCGCCUGCGCUGCGGCGGCGUCGUGCUCGGUCUCGCCCUGCACCACUCCGUCGUGGACGCCAGGAGCGCCGCGCACUUCGUGGAGACGUGGGCCAGCAUCGCCCGCGGCGGCGGCGGCGGCGGCGGCGACGCGCCCCUGCCGCCGUGCUUCGACCACAGGCUGCUGAGCGCGCGUCCCCCGGCGACGCGCGCGGUGUUGUACGACCACCCGGAGUACAAGCCGGAGCCGGCGCCGGAGCACGCGGUUGCCGCGGGCUCCGCCUACGCGAGCGCCAUCAUCACGCUGAGCAAGUCGCAGGUAUCGGCGCUCAAGGCGCGGUGCGCGGGCGCGUCGACGUUCCGCGCCGUGGUGGCGCUGGUGUGGCAGUGCGCGUGCCGCGCGCGGUCGCUCCCGGCCGACGCCGAGACGCGGCUCUUCUCCAUGGUGGACAUGCGCGCGCGCCUUGCCCCGCCGCUCCCGCCGGGGUACUUCGGGAACGCGGUGAUCCGGACGUCGGCGCUGGCCACGGUCGGGGAGGUGGUGGGCAACCCCGUGGGGUACGCGGCGCGGCGCGCGCUGGCGGCGACGAGCCAGGGGGACGACUACGCGCGGUCGCUGGUGGACUACCUGGAAGGCGUGGACGCCAUGAACCUGCCCCGGAGCGGCAUCUCGCGGGCGCACCUGCGGGCCAUCAGCUGGAUGGGGAUGUCGCUGCACGACUCGGACUUCGGGUGGGGAGCGCCCGUCUUCAUGGGGCCGGCGCUCAUGUACUACAGUGGGUUCGUGUACGUGAUGCAGGCGCCCGGGAAGGAAGGCGCCGUCGCGCUCGCGCUGUCGCUGGAGCCCGAGAGCAUGCCGGAGUUCAGGAAGGUGUUCGCCGACGAGGUCGCGAGGCUGCAGACGAUAUGAAGAUAGCACGCCUACGUAACCGUGCAUCCGUCGUACUACGUACUACUACUGUGUAGUAUAUGUUGAGGGGUUGGUGGGUCGUACGAGGUGUAUGUGUAGUAGUUGUGUACACACCUCUGCCUGACCAGCAGAUACUUACCGUACCACCGUUCUUCGUUGUCUCUCUAUUGCUCAGGCGACUUGGAGUCCUUGUCGAUCGUCGGUUGGUGCAGAGAGAGCUAUUACAAGAACUGUGUAUAAAAAUGUAUAGAAAUCAGUUUAUUUUACAAAUGUUUUACUUCGCCACA